ACGGCAGUGACACCGCACGUGGGAACCCCAGGAUCAACAUGGCAAAGAGGAAAGCAAAGGCGAGCAGGGUUCGCUCUGAAAGCUCAAGGCGCCGUAGCAAAGCUGCCAAGAACAGCACCCAAGUGAUGACGUAUGAUGACGGUGAAGAUGAACUUCUGGAGGGGGAUGAUGAUGAUGCUGUCAUCAGUGCCAGCGAGGAGGAUGAGGGUGGAAGCGAUGACGAGAGGAAGCACCGCAAGCUGCUGGAGGCCAUUAGCGCCCUGGGUGGAAAGAAAAGGAGAAAGCUGGCCGAACGGUCGGAAGCGAGCGUGCAGGUGUCUGAGUUCGCCGUCAGCGCCGAAGGGGCUGGAGAGAAGAUUAGUUUGUCUGACCUGCUGGGCGCCAUGGACCAGACUCCCAGCGCUGUCAAGAGCACCAAGAAACAGCUGCAGAACCUGGAGAGCUGCAAGGACACGCUGGAGCUGCCCCUCAGCCGGCAGGAGACCGAGAAGAUCCAGAGGAAAGUGGCCUUUGAAAAGACGUCCAAGGAUGUUUCCCAGUGGGAGAGUAUAGUGAAGCAAAACCAGAGGGCAGAACAGCUGGUUUUCCCUUUGAAUCAGGAGCCUUCUGGGCCAAAACCCGUGGAGCACGUGGUUGUGGGAUGGAAGCCACGAACCCCUUUGGAAAUGGAGGUCUUCAGCCUUCUGCAUAAGAACAUGCAACCGAUCAACGACCCCCUCCUGACACCCAUGGAGGAGGCAUCCCUGAAAGCCAUGAGCCUCGAAGAGGCCAAGAUCCGUCGCGCCGAGCUGCAGAAGAUCAGAGCGCUCCAGUCCUACUACGAAGCUAAAGCGAAGCGCGAGCGGAAGAUAAAAAGCAAGAAGUAUCAUAAGGUGCUAAAGAAAGGAAAGCGGAAAGAGCUUCUGAAAGAGUUUGAGGAGAUGCGCAAUAAAGACCCAGCUGCUGCUCUGGAGGAACUGAAGAAGAUGGAGCUCGCAAGAAUGGAGGAAAGGAUGUCUCUGAAGCACCAGAACAGUGGCAAGUGGGCCAAGUCCAAGGCUAUCAUGGCGAAAUAUGACGAUGAAGCCCGUAAAGCUAUGCAGCAGCAGCUGGAGAUGAACAAGGAGCUGACGCAGAAGCUGGCGUUGCCGCCAGAGAGCGAGGAAGAGCAGGAGCCAGAGGAGACGGAGGUUGUGCCGGACUUCGCCAACGACGCUCAGGCCGCGGCAGACCCAGCCAACCCCUGGAUGAUGGGAAAGCUGAGUGCGGAGCCCGCGGAGAAGGACUGCGGUGGUGACGAUAAGGAGAGUGCUGUGGAAAACACCCAGAACGAGGAGGAACGAGAGCCCGAGGGUGACGAGGAAGAGGAAAACGAGGAGGACGUGCUCUUGCGAGAAUUCGACGAGAAGCGGAAAUCGCGCCGUCCAGAUGAUGACGCUUUAGCUCCUCCAUUUCAGGUGGACAAAGAAGAAACUGAGGGUGAGAAGAAAGAGGAGCCUGUGUGUGUAAGCUCUGAGGAUGAGCACGAGGGAGAGGUGGUCUCCGAGUUCAAGAGCCUCUUUCAGAAACUUCUGGCAAACGGGCACGAGAGCACAGUAAAUAAGGGGACGGGGCAAGACGCCAAAGAAUCGGACGCGGAGGAGCCGGCAUUGCUUGACGAAGGUCUGUCGCGAGUCAGGAGCCUGGAGGACGUGGACGAGCUUCUCGGUCAAGGCCUCGUAAGGGAACAUGCUGAGGAUGUUGCGGAAGUUAAAGAGAAAAUCCCAACCACAGCUGAAGAAACUAAGAAUGAGAGGACUGACAAAAGAAAAAAGAAGAAAAUCCUCGAUCUCAAUGAUGUCUUGACCAGAGAUGCGAAGGUCAUCAGUGUCCCGCUGGCCCCCACGGCAAUAGGCGAGGAAGAGGGUGAAGGGGAUCAAAGGAUGCUCGUUCAGGAGGCCUUUGCUGGAGACGAUGUGGUUGCUGACUUCCUGAAGGACAAGAAGAAACGGGUCGAGGCAGGGAAGCCCAAGGUGGUAGACCUCACUUUACCUGGCUGGGGAGAAUGGGGAGGAGUUGGCCUCAAACCUUCACGCUACAAACGCAGAAGGUUUCGGAUAAAGGUUGCCCCUCCCCCGCCGAGGAAGGACCGGAAUCUUCCCAAUGUCAUCAUCUCCGAUGCGAGGGAGUCCUCCGUCGCUAUGCACCAGGUGAGCCAGCUGCCGUUCUCCUUCGAGAAGCCAGAGCAGUUCGAGUGCUCCAUACGCACCCCCACGGGGCACACGUGGAACACCCAGCGCACCGUGCAGAAGCUCACUGCCCCGAAGGUCGUUACCCAGCUGGGGUCCAUCAUAGAACCCAUCACCCGGGAUAGCCUUGACAAGAGCAAGGCACAGACCCGCGGGAAGAAGGCACCCGACAUAGUGCUGGCCUCAGCUGGUGCCGAGGGGCAGGGGCCACGUAAAGGCAGGAGAAAAGCUGGGGAAAACAACGCCAGAAACCUUCGUAACCCAAGAAGAAGAGCAAUAAAAAGAACAAAAUAGUCACCGCACAUUUGUCUAACACCAAAACUGAAAAUCUUAAGUAAUGUCUUAUAGUCAUAAAGGUCUUUAUUAAAAACAACAAAAAAAA